CAUUUGUGUAGACUCUCUCAAUCCACUCAGGAAGACCAAUGGCCCGAGUAUUCGGAGUUCAUCAUCACCCACCUUGACAACGCAAGUUAACAAACAACACAUCAAUCGAGCAGUCAGUCUCAUCAAGAAAACAGCAACAAAAAUACCUGACAUCAUCGCCACCACACAUUCCACAAGAGGAGGAGGUUUGACAAAACCACAAACCACAAACCACCACCCAAAUGGCACCAACCUCUUCUACCACGGGCCUCAUCCUCCCCCGUGAUGCCUGCCACGACCGCCACGGCUGCGGCACCAUCCGCUCCGACAAGCUCCCAAUCAUCAUCGCCGUCGCCGUCGUUGUUGCCAUCAUCAUAGCCACCAUCUAUUGGUGCAGCUUCCGGUCAUUGAGGGCUCAGAAACGAAAGCGGAGAAUCACAGAAUUGCCUUCGAGCACCGCACCUCAUGCGGUCCGGGAGAUACCCGCGCCGACGACGUUGGGAGCGGGGCCAACGGGUGCGGGUACAGGUGCGAGUGCGGGUGCGGGUGGAAGUGGAGCCACCGAAACCGGGGCAGUGGCGGCGGCGGCAACGGCGACGGCGGGAGAGGCAGGAGAGACAGGAGGAACGACAUGGCAGGUUCCGACAAGCGGGCAUAAUCCUCUAGUGCCGCCGCCAAUGUACGAGGAGACGCCGCCGCCGCCGCCUACUUAUCAGAGGGAUGCCCAGGCGCCGAGUGCCGCCGAUGGCUAUGUUCACCUACCCUUCUCGCGCCCCGAGCUGAAGGAUCUGGACUUGGGAAAGAACGGUUCGAGGACACUAUCCGACUUUGUCGUCCCCUACCUUGUCCAAGCCCAGGUCGGCACUCCUCCUCAGAACUUCUCGCUCCUCAUUUCGCCAACCUCGACCGACACCUGGGUGGUUGACGCGACCACCUCGCGUUGCGACUAUCAGUACUCUUCGUACUAUUGGGAUGAGGAUGAGGUUGAAACCGCCCGGGCUCUUGAUGUCCAGAAAUGUGUCUGGGGAAGCUUCAACAAGUCUCAGUCAUCGACUUACCGAACCGCGAACCCGCGACACACCGAUUUUGCCACAUACACCUUUUCUGGUUAUGCUCAGGGUAGCAACUUCACCGACAAGCUCGUCGUCGGCGACCUCACCGUCGAUAACUACCCGAUCGGCCUAGUUGACCAAACCAACUUGUGGAUGGGGGUGCUGGGCCUUGGGUACAACUACUCCACCAUUUACGGUGAAUCCUCCCUCUACGGCGCCAACCUCCCGGGCUACUACCCCACCAUUCUCGACCGCAUGGUCUCCUCCGGCCAGAUUUCCACCCCGGCCUACAGCAUCUGGCUCGAUGAUGAAGACGGCACCUCCGGCGGUCUUCUCUUGGGCGCCGUCGACAAGUCUCGCUACGAAGGCGAUCUCCUCCGCCUUGACGCCAACAACCCGCGCGCCCUAACCGGCAAGUUCUCGGUAACCGUCCACUCCAUUAACGCCACGGGGCUCGGUACUGGCGGCGAUGGCUCCCAGCAGCCCCUAAUAUCCAACGCCCUCCCCCUAGACGUCACCAUCGGCAUGGGCGAGCUCAUCUCCUUCCUCCCUAAUGACCUGGUCAGCAACAUCGCCUCUCUUACGGGAGCCACACACGACACCACCGCCGGCAUUUACACCAUCCCCUGCGCUGCCGGCACCUUCGACAACGCGACACUCUUUGCCUUCACGCUCGGCGGCGAAGGGGGCCCACUUCUACAAGCGGCAACUGCCGAUCUGAUCAUCCACCCGGGCGUCUUCACGGGCCAGGUCUCCAGCUUCGACUCGACAAACUCUGGUUCAUCCUCUUCAUCCAUCAGUCUCGACCUCCCCGAAGGCAUCUGCGUCUUUGGCAUCCAAACCUGGAACGACGCCAGCACGCUCAACGGCGUCAGCUAUGGUAGUAGCAGUGCCAGCAGUAGCAAUCCCUACUACAACCUAGGAAACUCCCUCCUCCGCCGCACCUACUUUGUAUUUGACCUCGCCCGGCAGGAAAUCGCCUUUGCCCCCGCCAUCUUCCAGUCCUCUUCCUCAUUAUCCGCUAGAGCCUCGACCUUCGAUGACACCGACAACAUCAUCACCUUCACCCAAUACGGCUCCCCCAGUCCGGAGUCUCAAUACUUCUGCUCCGACUAUGAAUACUACUGCCCCGAGGACGCCGUCAACUCGAACUCUGGAGGACGGUCUACCCACGGGGGCGCGUCGUCGUCGGACGACGGUGAUUAUUACGAUGGAAGGAGGUAUUGGAGGAUUGUCUGCAUUGUGCUGGGAGUCGUCUUUGGGACUCUGAUUCUGGUCGGGCUUGUAUUUGCUGGGCUCUUGUUUAAGAGGGUGUUGGAUAAGGAUCCGAGGACGAUGGGGUUGCCGGAGGAGAAGAAGAAGCUAAUGGAUGGGGGAGAGGGGGGUGAUGAUGAGCUGCAGCCGUUGGAAGGUGAUGGGCAGGGGAUGAUGAGUCCUGCUGCUGCUGGUGGUGGUGCUAGCUCGGGUGGGGCGGGGGUUUUGCCUAUGAUUCACGAGGGAAGAGAGGAUGACGCUGGUUCCGAUUUGCCGACGAGGGAGCAUGAAGCGUCAGGUUCGGCUCAGACUCAGCCCCAGGUUUUUCCGGUAAAUGUGAAUCGCGAACAGAGGUUGUCGGCGCCGGAGUCUCUAAUGGAUGCGCCGAGGUCUCCGAGCCCGCUUUCGGAGGAUGGUAUGGGCGGCGCGAGAGCGGAAGCUGCUUCGCCGGUGUCGGAGAGAGUCAUAACUCCUCCGACCGAACCCAAGGGGAAGGGGAAGGCGGUUGCUGAAGUUAUUGGACAGGCGAAGUAAACUGAUAUUUGUUGGACUAUGUGAAUAGGGUAUAAGGAGUGUAUGAAUGAAGGUAAUGGUUGUUAUUGGAUAAUCAAAAGAAAAGUAAUCAAGAUACCCUGAAUGUUUUGCACCAUGGUGUUACUUUUGCAUCGGUCUAUGGUUUAUGCCCUGAACAGGCGCUGAUGUGGUUGGGUCGUGUAAUGAUCGCAUGGGAUCUGUCUCAUGCCUCUCCG